AUGGCGUCGUCCCUCGCCGCGCAGCUGUCGCAGGUUGCGGCUAAAGCAACCCAUCAGUUUGAUCUGAAAGCUCAAAGAUCAGCCCACGCGCAAUCGUUGAUAUUCGAGAAGAAAGUCGCUAGCACACAGGAUUUUGAGACGAUAUACCAGCUAUCCUAUGAAGGGUUUCAGGAACUAUGCACCCUCGACGCCCGCUUUCAGCCCUUCCGACAGAAUCUUUUCAGUGAGCAGAGCAAAGUCGAAGACAGAGGUCAAAUGACCGCAAGCCAGAACAAGGAUCUAGAUGCCAUUAUAGGGGAAUUCCUCGCUCUGGUUGGUGGCCGUUUACUUCUCAACCCAGCAGUCAAGGCCGUGGACUGGCUCAUUCGUCGAUUUCGCAUACACGAAUACAACACUGGUCCUCUGAUUCUUACGUUCUUGCCAUACCAUACAACUCCUCUUUUCCUCAACCUCCUGUCUAUACUACCAGAUGACUUAACGCCUACGUUCAAAGUGCUAUAUCCAUACAAGCGAAGCCUGACGCUACCUCCACGACGUCCAAUCGUACACAGCGCAGCAACGAACAAAGAAUUUUUCUCUGCCCUGAAUAAUUAUGUUAUACAAACGAGCAAGGCUAGGGCCCAUUACCAGGGUCUCAUUUCUUUCUGGGCUGGCAUCACCGCAGAGGCCCUUUCUGCAAUGCUUGAUUCGGCGCAAUCUGGUAGAAUGGAAGUCGAGCGACGGAAUAAAGAAGAUGUCUUGAUCCGUAUGUUGCCAACGCUUAGCACUGGUCUCUCGUUGAAAAAGGCGCCACAACUUACAGUUGCCUGCUACAUGCUCUGUGUUGUUCUGGCGAAUAAAGGAUCUCUGAGCGACAAGGCCAUUGAUAGCUUAAUGGAGGCAGUGGCCGGGUCUUGGACCCCGGACACAAUUGCUUCAGGGUUCACUUGCCUGUCAGUGAUUAUACAACAAAAGGACGAAGCCCAGCUUCCCAAACCUGUGAUCAAGUCAAUUAUUCGGUUAGAUAACGCGGUCGAUAUAUUUGCUGGUCUCGGUGUAAACCAUUCCAUCGUCAAGCUUCUCACUGGCUUGGUGAAUGUACUUACGGAUAAAGACGAGGGAGGACUUGCAGCUCCAUCUUUAUCGCUUGUUAAUCAGGUUCUGCAACGAGAUAUACUGGGCCCAAAUGAGAAGACACAAGCAAUAUCUGCUCUCCUGAAGGCCGUGGACGAAUCUCAUCGAAAGGACUAUAUGUCCGAAGAAGUACGUCAACUAACUUCAGACACGCUCGCAACAUUUGUCGAAUCCAAGGACCUUGAUCCUCUCCUUCAGAAAGCGAUUGUUGAAUCCAGUGUUGAUAUAAAGGCCAUAGAAAUGGCGCUUCAGCCUGCCAUUGAUAACAACAUGGGCCCAGCAGAAAUAGACGAAGUUGAAGAUGUUGAGAUGGGAGAUGUACCCGAGAGCCGGCUCCAAGACGAAGAAUUCGCAAACGCCGUUACAUCGCUGUCUCAACGUCGAGCUCAGAAACCAGAUAACUUUCUCGUCGAAAAUCCUGCUUCCCUCUUCAGCGAACUAGCCGUUGCUUUCACCCAGGCUACAACUGCUGCGAAUAAAUUAACCACCUUCCUCAACCUCCCUAUCCUACACAAAAACACAAUUCUCAGUGACCCAACUUUCCUCUCUUUCCUCGUGCGGUACUUUUCCGGGCCUUACCCCCCUCUAGCUCGUGCCAAAGCUAUCAGUGUUGCAACAGCCUCCAUUGUUGAAGCAGGUGACAAAACCGUUGACCUACAGGCCGUUAUUCCGUAUACUAUAUCGGCCCUAUCUGAUAUAUCAACACCAGUGAGGAGAGAGGCUGCUGCACUACUGACUGCCAUCGAUAAUCAGUUUUUGGCAUCUAAAAUUGAGGGCUCGCCAUGGGGUCAAGGUUGCAUCUAUGGUGCCAACGAAAAGUCAAAGUCAGUUCAGUGGCUUUCUUGGAGGGAUGUACACAAAUUCGUCAAUCAGGGGUUAAUGCCUGACUUGGAGGAGUUUAUACUUGAUUCCGCCCGGAUUGCAGAAACGUUCAUGCAGGCAAUCCGGGGGACUACGCAGGAUUCUUCCAAAGACUCAGACGCAGAAUUGAAGAAGUCAAUUCGCCGCGAUUUCUUCUCGUUCAUUUCCUCUCAUAUUAUAAAUACGCCACUCUUCGCUAUAAAGCUCAGGCUCUUAAAGAUCGUCAACCGCAUCGGCAAAGUUGGGCCUACUCCUCGCACUCAGUUCCUAUCUCCUUUGCUUGAACAGUGCAGGUCAAUCGACUCCGACAAAAUUAAGCGCAUUGAACUCCAGGAGCAUGUAUCCAUACAAGACUUGGAGCAACAAACCCUCUCCGUCGUUUAUCAAAAAGAUCCAACUGCCACCACCUCUCUCCUGUCGUUGCUGAAAGAAGACCCUCAAUCCACUAGGUUAUCGUUUGUCGCAGCCGUUUUUGCCCGCCUAAAGGAUAUCUGGCCCUCCCUGAAGGAGGAGAAGGAGCUAUUUGCUUCUGAGAAUUUGUUAGACAUGUGUCUUUCUCCUAACGCCCAAACUGAGGAGCUGGCUGGCUUUAGUAGAGAGCUCCUUCGAUCGGUGAACUUGUCAGGCCCAGUUAUCACCAAGUUUCUCAGUACAAUCACCUCACCCUCUUGUGAUAUUGACUCCCAAGCGCCCGCCCCGAAAAGACGGCGAACGAGCCAGAGCAACAUGGUUGCUAUGAACCCGGCUAGCCGAGAGGAGGCAAACGUUCCUCUCCAGAGAAUUUCCUUUAUUCUUGAGUUAAUCGAUGGGUCACAACCUGAGGAAUACCCUGAGCUGAUCGGAGGCCUAUUUCAAACUCUUGCCAUUGUUCACCGCUUGAAGUUACAGGUGCAAUCGGAAAUGAGCUAUCUUCUAAGCCUUAACCUAGGCAUCCUGCUUUCUAUAAUUAAUAAAUACAAGGGGUCACCAAAGAAACUCGACACGUCGGUCAUUAGGGCAGAUCUAAUAAUUGACUGUGUUCGCACGUCAGAGAGCCCACAGGUCCAGAAUACGGCUCUCCUCCUUGUUGCAGCCCUCGCCACCGUCGCACCGGAAAUUGUUCUUCAUAGCGUUAUGCCCAUCUUUACCUUCAUGGGAUCAAAUGUUCUUAGAAAAGAUGAUGAAUACUCGGCCCUUGUAAUUGACCAGACCAUCGAUCAGGUUAUUCCUCCCCUUGUUCGCUCACUCCGAGUUCAAAAGAGGGACGUCGUUAUGGGCACAUCGGAGCUUCUGCUGUCCUUCACAACUGCAUAUGAGCAUAUCCCGUCGUACCGCCGUCUCAGACUAUUCGAGUCGCUCGUGAACAAACUCGGCCGGGAAGAUUUCCUCUUUGCGGUCUUGGCAAUGUUAGCAACCAAAUACGGAAUGGAUAGGGAUGUGUUAGUCACAAUGACUGCCCUUGCGUCAAAUGCAGAGGCUCAACUUCAACUUACUACAUACGCCCGUUAUUUGAGUCUCGUACAAGAUGCUUUGCAGCCAAAACCGACUAUAUCGCGAAUUCUUCUUGGGAUUGGUAGCGAGGAUGGAAGGGAGCCUCACAAGGUGGCAGUUGAUCUCCUUCAGACGCUAUCUCAUUUGCUCAAGUUUACGUCCCUUGGUAACAAGAUGGUCCAAUGCUUUGAGUCAGAUGAGACAGAAGACGCCACAAAAGUCCAUGGUCUAUUUUCUAGUAUCUUAGAACGGCUUUUGGCUCUCGGUGAGGCAGUUCGUUCCAUUAAACCCAUAAGCGACGCGUGUGGCGACGCCCUUGCUACCUUGUUAGGUACCCUCUCGCUCGUUGAUUUCAUUGACACCAUCGAGGUUCUACUCAAGAGACCAAAGGACGACCUUCGCCGAAAGGUUCUAAGGCUACUUGAAAACCGACUAGAGCUUACCAAUGACAGAGACAGGGCCUCCCAAUUAAAGGCUCUCUCAUUCUUGUCUGUGCUCGUUGGUAUUGUAGAGACGUCGCCUGACAUACUCCUUAAACAUGCAGCGGUUGCAUGUAUGGAGAAGAUCUCUGAGAAAUAUGGCAAGAAAGACCCCGAGAAAGUUGUCGAGGCAGCAGUCGUUGUGGCUGGGGACAAAUGCAUGGGACAAACGGAUAGUCGCAUCCGUAUUAUGGGUGUCCUGUGUCUCGCAUCUAUGACGGAGGUUAUCGCAGAUGGCAUCAUCCCCAUCCUUCCAGUGGCCUUGGCCCGUUCCUUGGAUUUACUUCAAGGCAGUAUGGCAACCAAGACACGAAACCCCGAGCUUCACGACGCUGUAUAUUCGCUACUCUCUGCUUUGCUUGUUCAUAUCCCUUAUAUGAUCUCACCUGGGGAUUUGGAUAGGGUUUUGCAGCUUUCCGCCAACUCAGCUCGCGCCGGCUUAUCACAAGAUUGUGAUGAUAACCGCCAGGAUACCUUGCAAUUAUUGGCGAAACGGGUCGAUUCAAAGGAAGUAUACAACACUGUUGAACGUAACUGGGACUUUUCCGUUUCACAGGGCUCCAGGGCUGCCAAGGAAGCUCUUGAAAUUGUCAAACUUUCCAUCGAGAAGCAUCCGAAAUCAGACACGAUCAAAAACGUUCCUGCACUAUCUAACCUUCUAUGGAAAUUUUUCGAUUUCCGAAGAGCACAAUGCAGUUUGCCCACCGGUGACAGAUUUGAUGGUCAACAGAUUGAUGAUAUAGAGUCUUGCAUCAAUGACCUGACGAUAAAGAUGAUAUAUAAGCUGAACGAUACUAUUUUCCGUCCCUUCUUCGCGCAACUUACCGAAUGGGCAACGGAGGAACUAGACAAGUCUGACAUACCUGGCAAACAAGCAAGAUUGACAACAUUUUAUAGGUUCCUAGAGACGUUCUUUGGCACCCUGAAGUCCAUUGUCACUGGCUACUCCAGUUAUAUCAUUGAAAAUGUUGUCGAUGUAUUGAAGAGUAUACAGCCAAAUGUAAAGGCACAUCAACCUCUAUGGAUAGCCGUGAUGCGCACGCUUCGAAGCUCAUUUGAGCAUGAUCAAGAUGAAUUCUGGCAAUCACCAAGCCAUCUCAGCUCGAUUUCUAACCAUCUUAUCAACCAACUAUCCAUGGCUAAGAGCCAAGCAUCGCUAAAGCUGGUCACAGCUGAGGCAACCCCCAGCAUUGUUGCACUUGCCAUCGCCGCAGAUUCUCCAGAUAAUCAAAAGGAAAUAAACACACAUAUUAUGAAGUAUAUGCGUGCUAGCGGCGGCAGUUCUGACUCCUGCAGAGGAGAAAACGCGUUCACCCGUCUUGCAACGGUGAAAUGUGAGCAAAGCCUGACUGAGCAGCUAGGCGAAGAAUGGCUUGCAUUACUGCCCGAGAUGUUGCCAUUCAUCAGCGAAUUGAUGGAAGAUGAUGAUGAAAAUGUUGAGAGAGAAGUUAGGAAGUGGGUUUUGAUGAUCGAAGAUAUCUUGGGAGAGAAAUUGGAUGAUAUGCUGGCGUAA